UCUGCAAAAAUAAUUUUACUGAAACCUGUUUGCUGAGUUUUUAUCUUCAUAUUCUGAAGACAGAACAAAAAAAUCUAGUCUGUCUUAGAAAUAUGAACCAUAGCAGAACACAGCUGUAGUAAUGCCAUAAAUAGCAAGUGCUAAUGUACAAUGAAGGUAUUGGACAACAUUUGGGCUAAGAUGUAUUUCAUUUUCCACAAACAGCACUGCAAUUUUAAUGGAAAUAGCAGCUGAAGAAGCUGUUGUGCUCUGUUCAGAGUACAAUGUUAAAGGUCAAGUACAGUUCAGAACCAAAGCUUAUCUGUUCAAAUUGAAUAGCACUCCUAAGAUGCAAGUAAGUUGUAGUUUAAAGCUAAGCAUAAGGAUAGUGCAAUAGUCAUAAAUUGCCAGAUGCAAAGAAUGUCAUAAACAGUACAAUAUGUGAAAACAAGGAAAAUGGGCUUUGUAUUAAAAUUGACAUUUUGCAGCUAUAGUCAAAGCAGUGACAUAAUUUCACUAAGGGCUCUUUUCACUCCUAAGCAGGUAAUUUCUGGAUAGGGAAGUGAAAGUUUGGUGAAUUUCAACUCUGUUCCUUCUCAUUAUUUGUCAGGGUGAGGAAUGGCAAAAGCCCAAGUUUGCUUCUCCACAGAAGUAAAUAGAUGAAAAUUGCAAGAGGUAGCCUCUAAAAAUUCCUCCAUGGACAAGGAAGACCCAGAGAUAGCAUUUGGACCCUGGCUCUAGACCAGCGAUUCUCAAACUGGGUUGGGAUCCCAAAGUGGGUCACAACCCCAUUUUAAUGGGGUUGCCAAGGCUGGUGUUAAGACUUGCUGGGGCCCAGAGCUCAAGCCCAAGCUGCACUGCCUGGGGCCAAAGCGUGAUGGGCUCAGGUUACAGGCCGUCUGCCCGGAGCUGAAGUCCUUGGGCUUUGGCCCCCCUGCUUGGGGGAGCAGGGCUUGGGCUUUGCCCCCUCUUCCCCCACCUGUGACGGUGAGGCUUGGGCUUUAGCAUCCCCAUCCUGGGGUCGUGUAGUAAUUUUUGUUGUUAGAAGGGGGUCAUGGUGCAAUGAAGUUUGAGAACCCCUGGGCUAGACCAAUCUCUGAAAAUUCCAUUAUAGAUUCUUACUACAGUACUACUAAAUCAGCUUCUGUACUUUUCUGUAUUUUUUUCAUUCAUACAUUUAAUUCUGUCUUAGAAUUGACCUCUUCCCUCUCUGCAUGCUUGCAGUAUAGUUUUCAUAUUUUCUUCAGCAUUCUCAAUAGUUUUUUUUUUUUUGCCUUUCUUGUCUAGCAAUGAUGAGCUAUGCUUUCAGAAGUAUUUGUAUGUUUUAGCUGCUGUUUCCACAACGUACAUUGGUACCUUGUUCCAUCCUCUUAUUCUUACAAAUAUUAAGUUCUCUUCUGGUAUUCCUAUACUUGACUUCUAGUCAAUCAGCACUUAAUCUGCCAGUUUUUACUACUUUCUAGUGAGGGUUCUGUUGCUGUUCUAGCCACUAAAAUAAUAAUGCCCUGAUUAUUAUUCUUGACCAAAAUAACAAAUAAACACUGAAAUGUGAAUUUCACAACUUAAAUGGCUGGUCAGUUAUGGAGCAUCUCACGUUAGAUAAUUGUUUCCAGCACUUUAGCUAUAUGCACUUGAACUAGUUAAGUUUACUGCUGUGUCAAUGGGUAUAUUUAGUGUUGCAUGUAAUGUAAGGAACCUGAAAUAUGCAUUGCUACCUUGUUGAUUAUGGUGUUUUGCAGCAAUGUUGCACCAUGAUGUACUGGAAUUUGGAUUAUUGUGGGGGCACAGGAGAAGUUGCAUAGGUACUAAAUUUAGAUGGUAAAGACUGGGAGGAUAUGCAGCCAAAAUUAGGGAGAUUCGGGAACUAGAUCUGGGGUUUUGUAAUGCCGUAACACCAGGAUACAUUGGCAUCCAACUAUUUGUGCGGUAGGAACAACUAAAUUUGUUUUCUAUUUAUUUUAGGCAUUGGGCUUUGUGGAGUUGGGCCAAAAAUUAGCUGGGUCCAGAUGUUUCUAGCACUGUCAUGCCACGGACCAUCGAAGUCUGGGUUUAUUGAUGUCAUAGGAGCCUCUACACUUUUCUAUUUGGCGGUACAUGUUUGGGAGGAGGGGGAGACUAGCCGGAUCCAGGUGCUAGCGCUAGGUUUUUGCCGCGCUCUUGCACCAGGAUGGAUCCGGCAGUGGAAGUCUGGGGGCGCAGAGGCAGUACAGAGGGGCAGGCUGGGGUACAAAGCCUGGCUGCCUGCCAGCGCCCCGAAGCUGGCUAAGCGCAGCAGGCCAGCCGGGGGCAGGGAGGAGAGCCGGGGCGCGGCGGCAGAGGCGCUCAGGCCGGGCACUCCCCAGAUUUGCAGAUGUAGAAAUUUUUUUCACAUUUCCGCAGUGUCACGAUUUCCGUUUCCCUCCUUAAAAAAAAAAAAAAAAAAAAAUCCAAGUCCCCAGGCGCUCAGCCGCAGCCCGAGCCGCCCAGGCGAGCCCCGCUCCGCUCCCGGCCAUGGACCUGCCCGCUUCGGAGGAGCCCGACGCCCCCGCGCCUCCGCCUGGCCUUCGCGCGCUCCUGCCCUCGAGGGAGUUCCUCUGCUCCAGCAAAGGGCAGCUCCUGCUCGCCGAGUCGGUGCUGUCAUUUAUCACCUUUAUCUGUUAUAUUGCAUCUUCGGCUGCAUCUUUCAUGAUGGCACCACUCAUAGAAUUUCUGCUGGCGCUGUUUCUUUUCUUUGCAUACUCCUCUAAGCUUAAUGAGAAGUUUAAAGGAAUCUACUGGCCUUUGACGGAUUUCUUGCGCUGCGUCACUGCCGCCAUUAUAUAUUUUGCCAUCUCAAUCGCUGCAGUCUCAAAAUAUUCUGAUGGAGCAUCAAAAGCAGCUGGAGUAUUUGGCUUUAUAGCCACAAUAGUGUUUGCUGUUGAUUUCUACAUUACCUUUAAUGACCUGGUCACGUUUCUCAAACAAGGCGGUUCCGAAAAUGCCACUGAAGCACAAAAGUCAGAAGAUGAGGCCUCCGAUUCGGAUUCGGACUGAAGAACAGCACACCUAUGGAUUGUGAAGUCAAAGGGAAGAGAUGACCUAUCUCUUUCCUAUUUGCUAACUGCACUGCCAGUUGAAAUGUUUCCCUUUCUUGUUUUGGUCUCAGUCACGAGUACAUUCUCUCUCUUUUUCCAUCACUGUUCACAGAGUCACGAAAACCAGUGACACAGUGAUAUGGGGAAAAGACUAUUUCAGUGUCACAGAACAUUUCUUUGGAAACUGGCCAUUUUGUAGGUGUGCAACCUUGUACCUAGAUACAUCUAUGUCUGAACAUGAAUCUCAAUUCUGCAUGGCCCUCCCUUGUUCAGUGCACUACAAAGUACUGAGUAACAGGAACUUCUUAUUUCAAACUUAUAACAGACUUAUCUUUUAAUACGCUUUCUCUAUUUCAAACUUUCCACUAGAGUUCCGAGUCUGAGCUUUCUUACUAUAUUUUUUCCAGAUUAAGAAGCCAACAGUAUUCCUUUAUCUAAAGUCUCACUACCUCCACUAGCUGAAGCAUUUGAAGGCGCAGGUUAUACUGGAUCUGUAGGUUUCAGAAUGCAUUUAACUAUAUGGCUGCUGCCUAUGUGUGACCAUGAAAAUGGCAGCUGGAAAUCUGCAACAUGAGCAAAUCUGAAAAUGCCUCAGGUUAGCUAGUUGAGUGGACAUUCAGUUUUCUGUCAUUUUGUAAGAUUUUCUGAGGAGAAAUCAACUUCUUUCUAAUCUGCUUCUGUGGGGGCACAUCACGCCCUUCAAAUUUUAUGGCAAAGAUGAGGCUGAGCAUGAGAAACAUAGUUUUAACCUUCCCUUCCUACCACCACUGCAGAAGCCUCUACAUGUAGUCUGCAUGUUUAGCUCCAGUUUUGGGGGCAUGGUCAGAUGGGCCUGGCUCAGAGCCAUCCACAUGACAUUUCCUACCCCAUCAAGCCUGUAAGGAUUUCUGCACAAGAGCCCACUGCUCUAUGCUUUUAACAUCAGUCCUCCAGUCAAUAGUGUUUAGCCCAGGUAGGGAAACACAGGGCUUACAGCUCCUGAUAGUCAGGCUGCCACAGAUAAUGGAGGAAAUAACAUGGAGACAAAGAUGAAGUGAGCUGUAGCUCACGAAAGCUUAUGCUCAAAUAAAUUUGUUAGUCUCUAAGGUGCCACAAGUCCUCCUGUUCUUUUUGCGGAUACAGACUAACACGGCUGCUACUCUGAAAAGGCUUCUGCAAAUCUCACCUUAUCUAUGCUUUUGUGGUAUAGAAGGGCCAUUCCCCUGUAGAGAGCCUCCUGACAGAAAUCUCAGUGCAGCAAAUCGCACUUUCCCAGCCCUCUCUGGUUUUUCUGAGAGGGCAGAUUUGUCCCUUGGUGUGGGUUUUUCAGGAAAAACGCCUGCAUUUCAAAGGCGUUAGAGAGAGGGUAACAUAACCUAUCUGCAGUAGUCACACCUUCUGACAUCAUAUAUAUACAUCCCAAACAAUAACUUAGUUAAAAGAAUGGCAAACUCCAUGUACAGCAUUUGAUAUGCUUAUUUCAAAGAAACUCAUAUGUUAAACAAGUAUUUCAUAUAGUCACAGGACUGGUGGCUUUUCUUCUUUUCUCUCUUUUUUUUUUUUUUUUUUUUAAAAA